AUGCGUCCUCAAUCUCUCUGGCGCCCCUUUGGAUUGCUGCAGCGCGCCUACGUCCGUCCGUUUGUUACGAGCCACGGUCGCCGUGCCUUCAGUUCCGCGCCUCAGAUCCCCGACUUUGCCUUUGCUUUUGACAUCGAUGGCGUCCUCCUCCGAUCGUCCAAACCCAUUCCCGGUGCGGCGGAGUCAUUGAACAUCCUCCAAAACCAAGGCAUUCCCUUCAUUCUUUUAACCAACGGCGGCGGGAAACAUGAAACGGAGAGGGUGGCGGAGAUCAGCGAAAAGCUCCAGGUGCCAUUGGACCCUUCAGUCAUCAUACAGAGCCAUUCGCCCUUUGCGGAAUUGGUGCGCGGGCGGAACGAGCAAGAAUCUUUGGAGAACAAGUGUGUGAUGGUCGUGGGAGGCGACGGUGAUCGUUGUCGCCAGGUGGCAGAACAAUACGGCUUCAAGAACGUCGUGACCCCCGGCGACAUUUUCAUGGCGAACCCAUCCAUCUGGCCCUUCGCCAAGGGUUUCAAGAGUUACUACGAGACCUUCGCCCGGCCGCUGCCCAACCCGCGAGACCCCAAGGAUCCCACCAAAGGCCUGAAAAUCGACGCCAUCUUUGUCUUCAACGACCCGCGCGACUGGGCUCUGGACACGCAGGUUAUCAUGGACGUCCUGCUGUCCUCCCAGGGCGUGAUGGGAAGCGUCUCCGACAAGAACGGCCGCACCGACCUCCCCAACCACGGGUUCCUGCAGGACGGCCAACCGCAUCUGUACUUCUCCAACCCCGAUCUGUGGUGGGCGGCGGCGUACCACCUCCCUCGCCUGGGCCAAGGCGGCUUCCGCGAAGCCCUGGACGGAGUGUGGGCCGGGGUCACCGGUGGGCCCAGCAAAGGGGUCGAGCUGAAGAAGACCGUCAUCGGGAAACCUUACCAAGGGACGUAUGAAUAUGCUGAAAACCAACUCCUGCGCAACCGCGCCCGGACUUUCAAGUCGGACUCGCUCCCGCCGAUUCGGAAUGUGUACAUGGUGGGUGACAACCCGGAAUCCGACAUCUGCGGCGCCAAUACCUAUCGAAGCCGCCAUGGCAGCAAGUGGCACUCGAUCCUCGUACGGACGGGGGUCUAUAGCGGUGGGGAGCCCACGUGGGUCCCGGAGACCACCGAGGACAAUCCGGAGGAAACCCCCGCCGAGCAGCCCGCCGAGGGCGCGGAGCAGACCAAGAGCGCCAGCAAGAACGCGGCCAAGAAGGCCGCAAAGGAGAAGGCCAAGGCCGAGAAGGCCGCCGCUCGCGCUGCCCAGGAGAAAGCUCAGGCCGCUGCCGCCGACGCCAACGACACCGCCAAGGACCUGUACGGCCCUCUCCCCGAGAGUGAAGACGUCCUCCCCGCGACGCGAUUCACCGAGAUCAAUGACGAAUACUACGAGAAGGAGAUCACCCUGGUGGCCCGUGUGGACAACGCCCGUGUCCAGAGUGCGAAGCUGGCAUUCCUGAUGCUGCGACAGCAGGGUCUGAAGCUGCAGGCUGUCAUCGCGGCCGCGGAGCCCAUCUCGCGCCAGAUGAUCAAGUACACGGGUGGGUUGAACGUCAACUCGAUCGUCCAGGUUACCGGUAUCGUCAAGAAGCCCGACGUCCCGAUCGCCUCCGCGUCGCUGAGCAACCACGAGGUUCACAUCAAGAAGGUCUACAUGAUCUCCGAGGCGGCCCAGAUGCUCCCCAUGCAGGUCAAGGACGCCGAGAGACCGCCCCCGGAGACGACCGAGGAGGGCUUCCAGGUUGAUGAGUCGGGCGCCCCGAUCGUCACCCUCAAGACCCGUCUCGACAACCGGGUGCUUGACCUCCAGACCGAGACCAGCCAGGCUAUCACCUGGAUCUCGAGCGCCGUCGCGGAGCUGUUCUCCGAGUACAUGAUCAAGAGUGGAUCGCGGUGGAUCUUCACCCCCAAGCUGGUGGGGGCCGCCACGGAGGGUGGUAGCGGUGUCUUCGAGGUCAAGUACUUCAAGCGGAACGCAUACCUGGCGCAGAGCCCUCAGCUGUACAAGCAGAUCUGUAUUGCCGGUGACAUGGAGAACGUUUUCGAGAUUGCCCCCGUUUUCCGUGCGGAAGACAGCAACACCCACCGCCAUCUGACGGAGUUCGCCGGUCUCGAUUUCGAAAAGACCUUCCGAAACCACUACCACGAGGUCUUGGAAUUCGCGGAGGACCUCCUCGUCUUCAUCCUCACCCAGCUCAAGGAGCGCUACAAGGAUCAGAUCGCCGUCAUCCAGAAGUCCUACCCCAACGCGGGUGACUUCAAGCUGCCCAAGGAUGGCAAGGCGCUGCGCCUGAACUACAUGGACGGUGUGGCACUGCUGAAAGAGGCCGGCGUCGACGUGUCGGAGCAGGAGCGCUUCGAGAACGAUUUCUCGACGGCGAUGGAGAAGCAGCUGGGCCAGAUCAUCCGCGACAAGUACGACACCGACUUCUACGUGCUGGACAAGUUCCCGAUGGCCGUGCGACCCUUCUACACCAAGGCGUGCCCCCAGGAUGCGCGCUUCUCCAACUCGUAUGACUUCUUCAUGCGCGGCGAGGAGAUCAUGUCGGGCGCUCAGCGUAUCAACGACAUCAAGGAGCUGGAGGCGUCGAUGACCGCCAAGGGUCUCAACCCGCACCAGGAGGGCUUCGAGGACUACCUGAAUGCUUUCCGACAGGGCUGUCCGCCCCACGCCGGUGGUGGUCUGGGCCUGAACCGCAUUGUCAUGUUCUUCUUGGGACUGCCUAACAUCCGGUUGGCCUCGUUGUUCCCGCGUGACCCCCAGCGUCUGCGUCCUUAA